UUUUCCUACUAUGCAUUUGCAUUGUUUACUUCCGGUUCUCAGCUGUGCUGAAAACAGCAUGUCAAAAAUAAUUCUAAACUUUGCAGUUAUUUAACAUUUCCAAGGAUUACAGUUAUCUGUAAAGUGCAAUAAACUUAUUAAGUGAAGACCCAUUAAAAUGAAGAAGUUUAUAGCAGAGUACAAAAACCUUAGAUGUAAAAGUUCAACCGAAAUAACUAAAAAGAAAUGGGAACGAGUGACGGUGACCCGCAGCCGCGUCCCCUCCGAGGCAGAGCAGGCGCACUCCCAAACGAUCACCAACCUCGGCACCAUCCGCACCGAGGAGUACAAGCGGGACCUGGCUGAGUUCCAGGCCAGGCGAUCAGUCGGGAAGAAUGACCUCGACACGUCUGUAAAUAAGAAGAAAUGCGGACGCCAUUCCUUACCCGUAUCAUGCACGAAUUGCACUGUCACGGAUUUAGAUGCCACGUUUAACUACGAAAAGAAGUCCGGUAGCAAAUAUAAGAAGAAUAAACAUAAACGGGCAAGAAGCGCGUCCAGAACAGCUGACGAUAUUGAUGGGCUCCCGAACAUACAAUUCCUGUUUCAGAAUCAAGUGUUCAUGCCUGGCAACGUGUUCGCUCAAGCCACAUUCUCGGAGCCACAGAAAAACAAGAGACGACACAAAGCGAAAGCCGAAGAUCUACAGAAGGAGCGUGAUGAGUUCUUGACACAAAAACAUCUGGACUUCAAAGAUGAGGUGGAGCAACCGAGUUCGCCGCCUCUUUUCUUCAAGAACAAUUCCCUGCCGUUCGAUAUGAAGACAUUUCUGGAAGGUUCUAAACUCGGCGAAGAAGAAGUGGAUGGCGUAAAUUCGGCCGGAGAUGCGAAGGUGUCUGGUCGUAGUUCUGCCAGCAGCCGGGACGACAGUGUGGCUGACAAGCUGGUCGAAGUUAUGAGUGAACUGAAGAACUUCGACCACUGGGCGGAUGAGCAGUUGAAGGCGCAUAAUUCCUACAGCUCGACCAAGUCGGAUGAUAAUAAGAGUGACUCAAGCGCCUACGGGUUGCCGGUGGUUUCGAAAAGCGACCUUGACGUCACUGGGGAUAAGGGUCAUUGUUGGAGUGUCGGCACUUGGGGUUCGGUGCCAGUGCAGGUGAAGAAGCUGAGUGGAGUGACGCUGCAGCGUGUGAGGAAGAGGGAGAGCGUUGAAGUGGAGAUAUUGAGGACAUGCCGCCACCCGAACAUAAUCCUGCUGAUGGGGCUCUUCGCAGACAUCCACCACGACGUGCACCUCAUAUGCGAGCAGUGCGUGGAUACACUACACAACUUGGUUCAUGUCGAGAAACGCGUGAUAUCCACCCAAACGGCGGUCCAGUACACAAUAGACAUAACCAACGCUAUAAUCUUCCUUCGAAUGCGGGGCUAUGUCCACACGGAGCUGUCCAGUCAUAGUGUCGCCGUCACUGCGAGGGACACGGCCAAGAUAGCGGACUUGGGCCCCAGCUGCCGGGUACAAGCGAAGCAAGGGAAGAGGAGGGCGUAUGAUGCGUACUCGCCUGUACCGCAGUAUGUUAAUAUUGGCGAUAAAACAGACUCCAACCCAAGUCUAGACUGCGAGCCUCUCAUCUCAGCGCACCCGUCCUCAGUCUACCUCACGGCGAACGCGGUAACUAAAAAUCACGCCAUCUACCGGUCGUCGCCGCACUACCGGUGGCAAGCCCCGGAACUAUUUGAGCCGGAUGAAAGCGGUUUGGUUUACCCCUGUUCGAAGAGCGAUGUGUAUUCUCUGGGAUUGAUCUUGUUGGAGACUUGUACUGCGGACAUCCCGUUCAAAGACCUCACCUACUCGCAACUCCACCACCACUACACGGUGUCUCGGUCGCCGGUGCAGCUGCCGGCGUGGCUCGGCGCGCGGCUGAGCGGUGUCUUAGACACUGUGUUGGCGGUGAAUAGGCAGGCGAGGGUAACUGCGCAAGCCUUCGCGACAGCUCUACGAUUGCAGAAACUACUAGCGGAAAUGGAGUACGUAGUUAUACCGUCUGAAGUAUCGAAGAAAAAGUCUGUCUUUAGCUCAGUGGGCUGGGAGCCUAAUUCACCGACCGACUCCGACUGCCUCAGCCCCAUAACCAACAUCCAGCACGAGGCCGUCAUACACAAUAAUAAAGAAAGCUCCACUGAGAGCGAAAGAGAAUAUUCCAGAAGCGAAUGCAGUCCGCGCUACGAGACCAUACGAAAAGACCGCAAAACUAUGUUCGCCGAAUCCUGCUACAUACCCGAAGAUGAGACCGAUAGACUCAUCAACUACGACCGACUUCGACUCAACGAAUGUUCUAGCGCUUGCUCCACGCCUGUAGCCAAAAUAAAAGCACGACUAAAAGACAUCGGGACUCCUGGACUACAUAGGAGCGAUUCCACCGAAUAUUGCAGCAUCCUAAGCCCUGAAAACCGCAACUUUGCACUCAACGAAGACAGCAAUAGAGAGCAAAGCGCAACGGAGAAGUCUUCGGCGAAACUAAGCAGGAGUUUCACGCCGAAAUCGUACAAGCCGCUGCAUAUAAAAGUGCCCGAUUUCAAAUUGGACUGUAUUAAGUCGUUGCCGAAGGAGCAGAAUGGCAGUGAGCGGUCGUCGUACAAUUUUGAUAUAAAGAACUACAGUCUACCGUCUACGCCCAUAGCUAGGAGUAAUAAGUUGAGGAAGAAUGCUUGGCUGUCCGGAGAGUUGGGCACGACUGAGCGGGAAACUAAGAAGUGUCCGUCGCCUUUAGUAGAGGAUCCACACAAGGCAGUGUCAGCUCCGGAAACAGAUACAAAUCGAGACAGUUCCAAUGGGCUGAGGGCAUCAUCAGACCCCACGCAAGAAUCACAAGACUCGACCCCCGAAGCGGAUUUCCGGUCGCGCACCCACUCGCGGUCGUUCAAGACCUCAGUCUCUGGUCACGAGACUCUGGAGCAGUCGCCUCCGAAGAGUAAACUGGAGGAGGAUGUCCUGGCUCUGGUCAAUGUGAAGCCGCUAGUGGCGAUACAUGAGCGGUGGAUCUCGGAGGCUAAUAGGAAGACGGAAAGGUCUAAGUCGCUGCCUGAAGAUAAUAGAAGUCAGACAUCAGCAGUGAAGCCGGCUUCCCACUGUGUGGACACACUGCAGCAGUCGCUGCCCCAGCUCGCGACUAAGAAGACCAACCUGCGGACCUAUGGCAGCCUCACCAGCCACGGAAGCCAAUCGGAGCAGUUUUGCCAAGCGCGGGACAAUAUUGCAAAGUCGAUGAACUUCGCACAAGAGCGGAUCGACUCCCGGACUUGGAGGAAACAUUCAUACGAUAAAGGAGUGAACAAUUACCGCGAAGAGCUCCACAUAAGCGAGCCAAAGGUCGACCAGUCGACCGACACGCGCAGUAUCGAAGAAUUUAUCCGAGACUUGAUCCGGACAGAGUUCCACCACCUGUUGCACGAGAUAUCCGACGACAAGUCCACCGACACGUUGACUAAACAAGAGGAAAUACUCAACAAGGGUGUAGCCAACGUUGUAGACGCUCUCAAAGAGGAAAGCCAACCGAAGAAGGACCCUAUAAAGUCGUUCUCUAGGGUUAAAAUCAACGGCAAUAACAAGCCCUUGGUUCAGAUAACCUUUUCGCGAUCUGGGGAGAAUUUUCUGCAGGUUUUGGAUAACUGUGUGAAUGUGACAAUUUGUGACAACUCCUCAGGCGAUAAGCUUAAUCUGUCGGUGUCGGACGAGACGGUGACAGAGGAUUGUCACGCGCACUCGCUCAAGAGGUGCCAGGCCUUCAAUGCCAUUCAGGAAGCCCGCAGCACGGAAGACCUGUACAUAGACGACGACAUCUCCACGCACAUGCAGGAGAACUUCGGCGGCCGCGUGCGCUUGCUGCCGCUGCACGGGUCGCUACACGAGAUACUGUGCGAGCGCGCCGACGACUGCUGCCUCGUCAAGGUGAAGCAGGAGAACGGGUGCGACAGCAUCUAUUUCAAAUGCGACAACUCCGACACGGAGUCGCGAGACGCCAUCGACGGCCCUCAAGACACCGUCGUGUACAAGCGAAGCAUUUCGCUAGUAGAGGAACGCAUACAGAGAGUCUACCCCAAGGACAAGCGAGCCAACACGCCCGUGCAGAGACGAAAUGUACACAAAGAUGUACCUAUAACACGACCAAAGUCCGAAGUCAUCGUCCAAAAGAUAAGCAGAGAAUCCAGGGUUCUAAGCAACAGCAGCCCGUCUUUAUACACCAAAGAUGAUAGGAGUGACGAAGUGGAAUUGAAUAUUGAGAAUGUUAUGUGUUAUCAGGACUCGUCGUCUGACGAAUGCUUGAAGUGUCAAGUUGAGAAUGAUGACUUUGAGCAGUUGGAGAAGGAGAUAGAGGAAGACGUGGCCAACGCGAGUAUGACUUGCCUCGCCUGCAACUGUCUCGAGAAGAUCUCGGAGGAAAACCUGUCGGUUAUCAACGAGGAGUCUUCAGAGAAUGAGGCCAAGAGUGUGAAGGGGUGAGUGAACUGUGCCUGAACCAUGGAUUGCUAUAGUAAAUUGCCUAACGGUAUCUUCUGUCGUGUCUUUCGCGGAUUUCUCACAUACAAUGUGGCGCCUCUAGCGGCAUUUUUCAGGAAACUUUUGACAGAAAACGUAUGCAAAAGGGAGAAGAAAACGUUUGGUAAUUUUAGCAACUCAUGGUUACCUGAGGUAGGUACUGUGUAACAAGCAGAAAACAUGUUAGUAGCGUCACUGAGAAAUAAUGUAUGCAAAUAAUGAUCAGCGCACUUCGUGUGUUAGAACUACUAAAUAACUUAAUUUUUACUCGGUGGCGAUACGUUAACUUUACUUCACUAUUUCGUGCUCGCUACACUAAUAUUUUAAAUGGCCAGUUCAGUACUCACAUACUGUACUUUCAAGACAGCUAAAGAGAAAACUGUCUUUUAGACUAAUAAGUAUGAUAUAAUACAAGAUUUACAGAUCUGAAAACAUUCCCUUACCUGUGGUACUAAGUACAAUAAUUUGUAGCUGUGAUUAGACAAUGGUAUUGUCAGUAGGCUUUAUAUAGAUAAUCAGGGUAGAUUAUAACAGAUCGGUUACUAUAUUUUGUGUACCUCAUAUUUAUGUAACAUUUAUUUUUAAUAACUAAAGUUAAAAUAACAUUAGGAACGAUCACAAUUAAAUAUUCGUACUUAGUAAGAAAAUCCAAAGAUAAUUUAAGGUUUUCUUGCCUUUGUUUACUUAUUUAUUUUCGGGUUAUGUGCUAAUGCGAUUAAGAAAAGAUUGUAACUGAAUGAAACUUGUAAACCGUCCAUUGUAUUUAUAACCAAAUACAUAUUUUAGGACUAAAAGGCUAUGUGAUUUGUUACAGAAAUGUUAACAUUCCACUGUUGUGAUUUAGAUUAGUGUUUCCUCACGUCAAGAUUAUGUAUAAUCCGAGAGUACAUUUUUUUAUUUAUAAUGUUACUUACAAUUAAUUAUUAGGUACUUACAUGUUAUUUUUAGAAGUGCACACUUUUUAGUCGAUUUUAGAAUUUUAUCAAUCUUACAUUCCAUAAUUUGUAAGUUAUCAUUUGCUUGUUAUUCGGAACUGCAUCUGAAACCAUUAGGUUCCGAUAUUUCUCUUUCUAAUUUUACGUCUACUUUCUGUUAUUGUUGGAUUCAAAAUCCCGGAAAUUGUUCUAUCUAUUUUAAUAUCUUUAUGAUUAGUUUCUAAAACUGAAUAAGUUGAUUUUAAAGACUUUUAUAUUAGGUGUUUAAUUAUUAGUUCGUUUCUUGAACACAAAGUUGAUUUUAGACUAAACGUUUAUAAAAUAAAACUUUUUAUAUUGCUUAUUUUAGAUUUUUAUUGUAUUGUAUACACAUAUAAAAAUAAUAUUGAGCACCAAACUAUGGCAGUUAAAAAAUUAUGAAAAAUAAGAAAAUGAAUGGCACAGUAUCUAGUAAAUGCGUUUAGAUGACCAAAAUUACUGAAAAUACUUAUCAUGAAAUAAUCAACACUAUACAAAAUAUACAUAAAAAUUAUGGAUCUCAUCAAUAACAAAAAAACUGCACUUACACCUACAUAGUAGCUAUCAUUGUUUGUGCAUCACAAGAUAAUUUUGGAAGACCAAUCCUAAUUUUCUUUUUACAAUGUCUUCAUAAGACUAUACAAAAACACAAAUAAAACAUA